AUGUCCCAAUCUCCUAAAUACACACCCCCGUUUGGCUUUCCCAUCUCGACUCCAGACGGCGUCGUCAUUCGGACACCCUCACUGACUGGCAAUUCCCCCUCGCAAGUGGCCUCUCCGCAUGAUGAGCCCUCACCGCUUUCAGCUGCUGUGGCGGAGACCAUGGCAUUGGACCGGGUUCGUCUUUUCUUGCAUGGUAGGUUUGAUGAUCUCGCAAAGACCAUGAACGAUGCAGAGAAAGCCACAAUGUCGACCUGGCUAUACCAAUUCUGGGUGUUUGCGUUCAUGACGUCUAAACACUGGGGCAAAGGACCUCGUGACUGGACUAGGGACAACCUAAACUUCGACGCCUAUGAAAGCUCCUGCCACCGCCCUUCUCCAGCAUCGCCGGCCCUGUUAGCCCGCUCGCCUGUGGAGACGGGCGCUCACGAAGACGUUCCAUCGGAGAUUCGAAUGCCAUCACAACUUUGUCGGUGGUCUAUUCAUGUUGUAGAAGAACCAUACGAAUCUGUCUAUGACGAAGUCGGUAACUCAGGUUCUGAAUGGCCACCGACAUGGGAACAACCGCCGCUGGAAGAGCGGCUACGAAAUGCCCUCGAAAACAACGAUUUCAGCAAUAUUGCAACAAACAGACUACCCCUAGCGAUGUCACAAAUCGUCAAGGCUGUCGAGAGGUCACCCCACGAGCUCUUACUAGAGUCGUUUUCGUUCAGUAUUAUGGCCAGAAAUGAGCCUCUUUUGGAACAGAUGUUGCGGAAAGUCGCAGACGCAGGCAUUGAUAUCAAAACGGUGUACCCAUUACACAUAGCCACCAGUUACCUUGACGGCGGGUCGGCCUGCUGCAAUAUCCUUGAUCAUCUGUGUUCAUCGCUCCCCAGACUGAACACUUUCUAUACCAACGACCACGGCCACACAGUCCUUGACAAUUUGAUGUUGACCAUUUUGAAAGGUCAUUCGAACAGCUCACCGGAUAUCCUAGAUGAGACUUUAACACGGGAUUCGAGCUUCGCGGGGAUCGAAGUUGAUUUGUGCGGGCGCUGGGAUGCUGAUUCACCAUGCUUUCGGGCUCUUUUGCAGUCUGGAAAGACCAAAGUCCCGCUCAGCUGGAAACACAAAUUCUGCCAUACUUCCGUUCUAGCUGUUUGCCACUGCAUUGAUUCCUUGGGCUUUUGUGGUCUCCUUGGGCGAUCAAGUGGACUGUUUGUGAGACGAUGCUUCAGUUGCGGUCUGUCUUUGCAACUCUCACCGUUACAUGUUCUCGUCCUAACCACUUUUCAAUUGGCUCGAAGUGGGUGUGAGGGUGAAGACCUUUUCGGCAUGAUCGCUGUUUUGUUGUGUAUGUUAGCAAACAGAAUGGACCCGCAGGCAAGGGCUACUGUCUCUAUCGACUUGCUCCUGGGUAUCGACGACGGUACCCGCUGUACUCAUGAAGAUCUGAGGCCCGUUGAUCUUGCUGAAAGAUUGCCGUCUAAGAUCAUCAACGGAUGGUCCGCCGAGUUGCGACGAGGCUGGCAGAUAUUCUGUCACAUUCUCCGCCCUUACGAGCCUAUUGUGGCCCGAUCGCGCCGAAGGGAGCCAUCAUUCGACAAUUCCGUCAUCGAUUUCUCCCAAGAUUCUCUGGGAGAUCUCACUGAAGACUCCUUUAGCCAUGAUUCGAACUCGGGUUGUGAGGAUGAUAACUUUCGUAGCGCAUGUGGCGAGGAAUGCGACUAUUUUCCGGAGUACUACAAACGCAGCGACAUCGGUCAUGUCUGGGCAGCCGUCCAAACGGAAUUACUCACCUACCGAAGAAUCAACGAGGCUGAUCCCUGGAUAUCUUCUUACUUUGACUUGGACGCGGUCUUGGCCGGCCUAAAAACGGGAGAGGAGAUAUCAAUGCCACUUUUCGACAAUAGAAUGAUCAAACCAUAUUGCCGCUGUGGUCGUCCGGGAGGUUCAUGGAAACACGUCCUUCGGGAACGGAUCGCAGAAUAUUAUUUCGGUAACCUAGAUGUAUGGGAUCGUGCCUCUUUCAUUGGGCUCCCAUGUCGUUUUUGGUAG